CUCGCAUCCUUUUCGGUAGUCGUGCCGCGCCUGACGGGGUCCGAACUCUCGCGACGGACAUCGGUCGCGAGAGUUCGGACCCUAACGGGCGUGGCCUCACCCCGUCAGUUCGACUCACCCAUGUUUGACUUUUGACAGACGGUAAAGCCCAUGACCGGCUGUUGCUUGCCCGCUCCUCCUCGGAAAGUUAGUCAGAGGGAAAAGUGAAAGCAUGAAAAGAUCUCGGCCGAUCGACGCGCUUGCGAGCGCCACGCCUCCCUCUCGCUGAUUGGCUCCCAUGCUCGCAUUGUUCCCCGGGGCAUCAGGUGUCGCCGAGAAUCCUCGUCAUCGGAUUUGGCCUCUAUUUUCCUUCCUCACCUUUCGGUCCGGCUGUGCCAUGUCGAAUUUCGCUGCUCCUGUAAACUAGCGUGAGGAGCGAAUCCGAGCGGAUCCGAGCUUUGUGCAGGGUUCGCUGAAUCUUAUUAUUUCCACUGGAGAGCCGUAGUGGUUGGUUGGCAGCUGGAUCCUUGCCCAGGGCCGAAGAGUAAAGGGACGGACGUUUACCUCCUAGUCGACCACGGAUCGGCACAUUAUGCCGACUCUCUUAUGCUUCCUGAGCGUACAGGAGACAUAAGUGCGCCAGCCACUGGGGACAGCGGCAAGUAGUAGAGCAGGCCGGGCAAGAUUCGCCUUUUGUUCGAGGAGGAGGAGGAGGAGGAGGAAGGAAGGAAGGAAGGGAAGGGAAGGGAAGGGAAGCGAAGUUGUAGCUCUCAGCUUUCCGUGGAGCCGAGCACGGUCCAAAGGUCUUUUGGCCACCGAUGACGGCAAAAGUGUGAUCCUGUCUUUACCUAGAGGACUGUAGGGCCGCUACUCUCGGUUGGCUGGCCGCAUUUUGCUUUCGUCGUCGUCAUUGGAAGUGUCACUGUUUUGUGCUCACGUAGGCGGUUCAUGUUCUCAAUGCUCUGCCGUGGCUUCUUCUUCUUCCAUCCCGUCCCCUCCUCGCCUAUUCUGUCCAGCUGCGACCGGUUGUCCGCUAGGACGCUCAGCUCUGCUGCAGCUCGUCUUCUCAUGACCAUAUGCCUCGGCCUGGAAUUCGUAUAGUAGGCUGACUUGUCUCUCUCUACGUCUCUUCUUGUACCUCUGGUGGAUAGAAUUUCUCCUCUCAAGGAGCUUAGCAGGUCCCAUUGGCAGAAUUCGCUACUGCCUCUGUGAGAUUCUAAUUCUUUCUCCGACGAGAGGCGAGUUCAAUCAAUCAAUCUGCGCAAUUCCGCCCAUUACAGCUGAUUAUCAGUUUCUUGCCCUCGAGAGCCCUUCGUGAAUUCAUAUCCUGAACAGGGUUUUACUUCACCUGUAAAUUAUUCUGUUAUAUUUCAGAUGUUUUGACCUGUCCGCAAGUUCCCGAAUCAUUUCAACCCGACCACUGAAAGCGUCUGGUCCCGUGUCGGGUCCCGGGAGAAGGUGGGAAGACUGGGGCUUGUAGCUCCAAGGCUUGCUCUGGCCAAGCUCAGAAGCGACGAGAGCGGGCUGUGGAUCUGAAGUCGGUGAAGAAGAAGUGAACGGGACUGGAGCUGACCAGCAGCGGUAAAGUGUGGUAUUGACGAGAGUUCGAGGAGUCGCCAAUCGAGGCAGUCGAAGGCUUUCUACAACGAGCAUUGUUUGUGCCUGUCGAACACAUUCAUGAAUGAAGUGGAGUCUCAAGAAGCGGAGAUUCAGUGGGUCGACUCGGACGUAGACAAUGAUUCAGACGCUUCAGAUAGCGAUGGGACAGACGGAGAAGUUCCGGAUGUGACGGACGACACCCCGCAGACUAAUCUCACCAACAACCCACUACCACCAGGAGCUGUUCGUCUGUAUUCAAAACCUCUUAAUUCUUGGAAUCCGAAAUCGCCAAUCAUUGCGACCUCAACUUCAAAAGAAAGCCCCUUCGCGGGCGGCUGGAAACCUGUCAUUGACGGGAAAAUCCAGGUCGGUGGAGAGGGUGCUGUCCACAAAGGUCGUAGCUCACCAAUGCAAGUAGCGUCUGCUGGUGGUUCCUCUCAAAAGCAAUCCAGUUCAGAUGGAGCCUCUCCGUCUCCUGCCGCAACCGGAACAUCUGAGCCGAAGAAAGACGGUAAUGAAAGCGACUCCGAUGUCAGACGAGUACCUGAACUGAUGGGGAAAAGUGGAGUUUUGGGUGCAACUUCAGCUCAACCGCAAGGGCAGACUUCAGGAACCAGAACUAGAAAGAGGGGAGGAGCCUCAGCAGAUAAAGAGCACAAGCGAUUGAAAAGGCUGUUAAGGAAUAGAGUCUCUGCUCAACAAGCUAGAGAAAGAAAGAAAGCUUACCUCAGUGACCUGGAAGUGAGAUCUAAGGAGCUACAACAGCGUAACGAAGAGUUGGAGGAGAAAGUAUCUACUUUGCAAAGAGAAAACUACAUGCUACGACAGAUUGUGAAGAACACCGCCUUGAAGAAGACUGGAGGUGACGGUCCAACAGGCAUGCAAUAAAACGUAGUCAUUUUUAUUGAGUAGGCUUCGACAAGGUUUAGGUAGCUUCCUUCCUUGAUUAGUAUGUAGCACAAAAUUCCAGUUAGACCCAUUCUGUCACAACCGUUCUGUCAGAAUUGAAGCUUAAGUCCUGGCACCAAUGCGCUUGGGGUAUUUUAUGUCCAUAGUUUCGCCUUCACUUGACUCGUAGAUCUAUGGCACAGGUCUAGUCAUUUCGAUUGCUCAGAUUAUCCCUAGCGAAGCCCUGCACUUACCGAUCCGCAACUUCUUAGUUUACUUCUUCACUGUACGUUCAUGCCAGCAUGGGCUAUUGUUCCUUCAAUUAAGAUCCGAUGCUGUCCAAGCACGAGGUAUUGACCGUGGGUCAGUGGAGCCAAUUUGGUUCCAAAUGGUAGCUCUUGAAGUGGUAGUUAGAGUUGUGAGUUAAAGUUUCAGUGUUAGAUCAAAUCAAUAUGUUCUCCUUGUCACUGAUGUAUUUGCUUACGAAGCAACAACUGCCUCAGUGAAUGGAGCAAGAAACCUGGCGAAUAUCAGCACUGUUUCACCUGAAGGAGGUCUUACGUUCAAAUGGUUAUCGAUGAACAGUGGAAGAGGUUUAGUACUCAGAAGAGCGU